AUGCAAAAGGGGGCAGAUGACAAAACUGAGACCCAAGGAAUUAACCAAUGCACCCAAAGGUCACACACAGCGCAGGGCACUGGGGAGACCACGUCCCCUGCAGGAUGCCUGCUCCAGCCUUGGCCAGAGAGGGUUUCAAGCCUCAGCUCUCACCAGCCCCAGGAAGGCGGCACACAGCACCACGGUGGUGAACCAGCGCAGCACGUUCUGGGCACGGCCUUUCCGCCGAGAUGCCUCAGCUUCGGGCUCAUUCUCUGCCCCGGGGCCGGCCGGGAGGAGCCGCUGCCCUCCGGCCGCACGGAACUCCAGCUCCAACUCCAGCGUGGCGGAUCCAAGAUGCUCUCUACCUGCCGCGCUCCGUGCACCCGAGCCUCAGGCGUGCAGGGUGGUGCCCGGCCCCGCCCUCGAGUCCCAGAGUCCCCAGGGCAGACAAGCGAGCCGGGACCAGCCCGAGCAAGCGUGUCCCCGGAGCAAGCCUUCCCACCAUGCCAGUGCAGCGCCCGGGAACCGCCCUCCGGAUGGCAGGGCGCCUGCGCGGACCACGUUCCGGAAAUGAGGCCUCUCGUCAACCAGGAGCGGUCUUCAGACCGGAAGUUGAUCUGGUUGCCUUGGCGAUCGGACUUCCUGGUCCCGGAGAGGAGUCCCAAUAAACUGAGCCAGGGAGUUUUGCGGCUGGGAGACGCUAGGCAGAAAGAGUCUGCACAAUCUGGCAGACUGCACAAAUCCUGGCACAAGACGAACCUAAGGAGUGUCCUGGGAUUCUGAUGGUGGCCAACUGUUCGGGCAAGUGGAUAACAUCCAGUGAUUCUGCGAUCUGUUGACUAUUGCACACGGGCUGGCCAGCGGAAGUCACAAAUCCUCUUUGUCUCCGCAGCAUGCCACAAUGCUGCACCACUCCAAAUGUAUGGCACCUAUCUGUCGGAAUGUGAGCUGUUUUGUUUUCCACCAAAUGACCUGCUCUGGUAAAAACUCUGGUUCAGCCCUCUGAGCAGAGGGAACAUCAGGCAAGUGAGACUGUCAAUUAUGUCAAGAGUGGGUAGUUUAACUGCAUAUCCUGUCUGGAAAUGCCCUGUUGAUCUCACAAAUAAAAACUGUCAGUAAGUAGAA